UUCAGCAGGCCGCCUCGGCCCUGCGUUUCCUUUUUAUUUCACGGGUGACCGAUUUUAAUUACUACAUUUCUGGCGACGAGAUUUACAACAUUUUGGCGACGAGGAUGGGAUAAUUUUUUUCCGCAUUUCGAACCCCCGCGCCCCCUGAAGCUUCGUUGCGCCGCUUUUCGUUGCGGCUCCGCUCUUAGCAGCGUUUUUGAGCGUUCGAGCGGUCGGUUGCUCGUACUCCGCGUCUAGACGGGACGUGCAUUUUUUUUUAACAAGGAACGGCGCCUUUGUCCGCCUUUUUCAAGAUGGCGGCUGCGCAGGGUCGCGUUCCCGCCGAAUUUCUCCCCACGCCCGGCGAACCGUCAAUGCCGUGGCAGACUUGGAAGCGCGGCUUCCUCAAUCACCUCGAGGCGACCGACGCCGAGGAUUUUCCGCCGAAGCGGAAGAGGGCUAUUUUGUUAUCUUUUUUAGGAGAGGAAGGAAAUCGCGUCGUAGAAGCGUUCAACCUAGCGGGUCCAGCCGUCAACGCGGCACAAGAUGAGUUUCAGGGUUUGUUGUCCGCUUUGGACACCCACUUCGCUUCCGCUCAAAACGUCGUAGUUGAGCGUAGAAAGUUCGCCAUGAGGGUCCAGGGUCCAGAAGAGACCGUCCUCGAGUAUCUUGGGGCGCUUAGACGCCUAGCAUCGUUUUGCGACUACGGAGAGUCGUUGGAGAGCCGCGUCGCGGAAAUGUUUAUUUCGGGGAUCCGUAACGCGGAAGUCCAAGAUCGUUUAAUCAGAGAGUCCGACGGAGCUAACGCACCUAGCCUCGAGCGUGCUGUCCAGUUAGCGCAGCAGUUCGAGCGGACGUCUCGUGAUUGCGAUCUCUUCCGACGCUUGUCGUUAGACGCAGGUCCGAACACGCCGCACGUGGUCGAUCGGAUUCAAGAUGGACGCGGUCGCGACCGGAAUGGUCAACAUGGCGGGCAGUCACCCCGCCACCGCGGGUCUUCCCCGCGGCGUGAGCGUCUUCGUCCUCCCCCUUCCCCGUCAACACGCGAGCCAUCUCGCUCCUCUCGUCCGAGGCGCGAGCCUCCCCCUCCUUCGUCGGGACGCGAGCGGCCCUUUCCUCCUUUCCCGCCGCGUCGAGAGCGCGACCGCCGGCAAUCGCGAGCUCCCUCCCGACCGUUCUUCCGUGCGCGCCCACGCGACCCUCCCCCCGGGGCGCGUCCUCUCGUUCGCGACGACGGUUGUUUUUUCUGUGGCAGACGAAGCCACCCCCGAGAUGAGUGCCCAGCAUCCGGAGCCACAUGUUUCUCGUGUGGCCGUGUGGGACACUUUGCAAAUGUGUGUCGAAGCCGUCCGAGGCGCGACCGGGAUCAACGUCAACUAGCCCUUCCUUCUGGGCGGCGGGCUUCUGCCCGCGGCUACUACGACCGUCGCCAAGCUGGUCCGACACGCACACCCGUGCAAGGCGUCGGCACGUUCUCGGAGGAUGACGACGACGAGAUGUGGCCUGGCGUUUACACGGUGAGGUCACCCGGUGGUCGCCGGGAGCAGCGACCUGGUCCCCAGCGCCGGAGUUUCACGGCCGAUGUAGAGGUGAACGGCUUCCCUCUUUCCAUUCUCAUCGACACCGGUGCUGAGGUCUCCCUUCUCUCGGAUGCGACUUUCAACCGCAUUAAUCGGAGCGGCCGCAUCAGGUUAUCGAAGCCGCCGCGCACUUUAGUGCACUACCUGAAGGGUUCCAUACCCGUUUUGGGAUGCUUCCACGCGAACGUCGUGUUCAAGGAUCGCUUCGCGACCAUUCUUUUCUACGUUGUACGGAACGGACGUUCCCUACUUGGAGUUGACGCGGUGCAUGACCUUAAGAUGAUCUUGUCCGGCGUACCGUUAAAAUGUUUUCACAUCGACGCCGCUGCUCCCAGUACAGCCGUCCCGGGACAUUCAACCGAGGCUGAGGUCCCGCAGCCAUCGUCCACGACGGACUCCAGUCCGUCCACCCACUUUUCUGAUACCUUUAGAACUUCGUCGUCGGCUGUUCCCACAGCCCAAGGUCCCUCGACCUCUCCCAGUAACCGCUCCCCAUCGUGGGUGAGCGACUGUUCCAAGCUUCCUCCCGGUUUCGAGGAGUUUGAGGAUCUUUUUUCGUCCGAGUUGGGUCUGGUCGUAAACCAGACACAUACAGUCACUGUCCGUCGUCAUGUUCCGCCCGUUCAGGCGAAGCUCCGUCGUCUACCGUUCACGCUGCGCGAGUCCGUAACUGCCGAGAUCCAGAAACUCGAACGUCAGGGCGUGAUCGAGCGCAUCAGCGCCUCGGAGUGGGUCUCGCCGAUCGUCGUCGUAAAGAAGAGAGACGGCGGUAUCCGCAUCUGCGUUGAUCUUCGGGCUCCUAACCGCGCGGUCGUGAUCGACUCGUUCCCACUACCUCACAUCGACGAGCUGCUAAACUCGCUAAGAGGAGCAUCUUGCUUUUCCAAGCUCGACCUUGCGUCGGCCUACCAUCAAGUGCGACUCGACCCCAAGAGUCGAGACCUUACAGCGUUCAUCACGCAUGAGGGUUUAUUUCGCUUCAAGCGAGUCUGCUUCGGCUUGGCCUCCGCGCCAGCCGCAUUCCAACAAGUCAUGUCAAAGAUCCUUAAGGACUGUCCUGGUGUACAGUUCUACUUAGACGACGUGAUCGUUUACGGAUCAUCACCUCAAGAACAUGACGCGCACCUGCGCGAAGUUCUCCGACGGAUCAAGUCCGCCGGCAUGAAACUGAACAGAAAGGCGGUUUUCCGCGUUCCAACCUUGUCUUUUCUCGGCCAUAGUCUAUCCGCGGAAGGCGUAGCGCCCCUUCCGUCCAAGAUAGAGGCCGUUCUAAACUUCCCUACACCGUCCGAUCCGACGCAACUCAAGGCAUUCCUCGGUCUAGUGGAGUAUUAUAGCAAAUUCAUUCCACACUGCGCGACAGUAGUCGAACCGAUGCGUCGUUUGUUGCGCAAAGGCAACUCUUUUUCUUGGACUCCUGAUGUCGAGAGCGCCUUCCAAGAAGUCAAGACAGCUCUCCAGAAAGCACCCAUCUUAACAAUGUUUGACCCGACUUUGCCGGUCAUCGUAUCAACUGAUGCUUCGAACUACGGCCUUGGAGCAGUUCUGCAACAACAGCACGGGCAGAAGCUCAAGACCGUGGCCUUUGCAAGCCGUUCCUUGACGGACACCGAGCGAAGGUACUCCGUGGGAGAGAAGGAGGCCCUGGCGAUCCUGUGGUCGUGCGAGAAGUGGCAUACGUAUCUAUGGCGACGACAGUUCACCAUCCGCACCGACCAUCGCGCACUCGUCACUCUAAUGUCUACGCAGGGCACCGGAGUCCGACCGCUACGUAUCAGCCGUUGGACAGCUCGUCUGUUCAACUACAACUUCAUCAUGGAGUACCGCAAGGGAGCCGACAACACCGUCGCAGACGCACUGUCCCGUCUGCCCAUCAAGGACACCGAAAAUGGCACGAAUUUUCCCGAAGAAGUGGUUUCCAUAGUCUGCGCCUCACUAAACCAGCGCGACUUCCAAGAUGCAACAGCUCGUGACCCCAUUCUACCGAAAGUCAUGGAAUACAUCUCGUCAACAUGGCCAGCUGAAGACAAGCUGCCUCCAGGGUUCAAGCCCUACUUCGCAGUCCGAGAACA